CAUGGCGAUACCGUCUCAGCUUGAUUAUUAAUGUACACAUUACAGUACAUGUUCCCUCUAUAUCCUCAGUCCUUCCGUGUUGCUCCUGGAUUCUCCGUCAUCGGGAAAUGAUUUAUUUUCAGGAGAAAGCUCAUUGGCAUUUUAUCCAGCCAGAGCUUCAGCAAACGUGCGCCAGCUCUGUGCACUUGCUCCAUACACGAGGCUCGAAGUGUAUGGGGCGUAGUUUUCGGUGCUUGAUUGCACAUACCCUCCUUGAAUGAGCAAUUCCUUUGGUCAGGAGAGAGGAGAGCCUUUUUCUAGAUACCGCAACCCCCCAGGAAAUUGUUCGCUGUUUUCCCAUCACUGAGACAUUUGUUUCAAAAGCAAUUGAAGGUCGUCAGUGAACUUUCAGAACUGAUGAAACGACCACUUGAAGACUAAAUAGUCUUAGAGGAGAAGAGCAAGGAUGCAAGCUGACUUAUUAAGGUUGUUGAAAUGAUGACACAACCAUAUUUAUGGCAGGUUUUUGUCAUUUCCAUUUUGCCUGCCCCUUAUCUACGAUAGUUAAGGUAUGACUCUAGGAACUUUUUCCCUUGACUAUGAUCUAUGGCUGCGGAUGUUGAAUAUGGUAUCCAGACGCUUCCCGCCAGAUACCAUGGCCCGGUAGCACAAGUGGCUACCGCCGGAAUUCAAUCAGUGGACACAUGGUCACGAAAUGAGUUGUUUUCCACUACCUCUACUCGUACUCAAGUCCUUCAUUUAUGGUUGGCGGUUUUAAUCAAUACACAUUGCAGCCGAUUUCAACCUAGAUGGCCAAGGUAGAUGUGAAGGCACGCUUGAAAAUUUUCACAUUGGGACAUUUUAACUAAAUCGGAAUAGAUCCGAUCUGCCCUAUUUUCUUCUUUCUUUCCUUACCAAUGACCUUGCUCUCUCCGCGUGUAUUCCAAAAUGUUAUCAUUGUACGGAUACGUAAACAGAACCAAAACGGCAAGCCAAACACUGAUAUUGUCGGAAGUUGCAACUGCCUGCUCUUACGAAAGGGAUGUACGAGGUUGAAGCAGGAGAAACCCAAUAACUAUGAACUAUUGAUGGACUUUCUUAUACCACCCUCACUCUGGUAUACGAACACGUUGAGUACGUGCCGAUCAUUCUUUCCCGCUAUUGCUCCUUCGUUACCAUCCGUUUAGAAUGUGGGGCCAGUUCCUGUGCCAUAGCGUUCAACUGUGUCUUAUGAAUUGGUACUGUCAACGCUUCGAAUUUGAAACCAGCAGCCUUGGCUUCAGCCUCUACUAAGCUGUGUCUACUUCACCGAUGUAGAUUUUGGGUAACGGUUUUCCGGCAUUCCGACUCAGCCGCUCAAGGUCCCUUUGCAGUUGACCGCUGUCUUUGGUUUUAAGAAGCUGUGUAAUCAUUUACCAAUUAGAAGGUAUUCAAAUUUCGCACUAUGAGAGCCGGCAUUUAUUUUACCUUUUUUUCAAAGUCAGCUACCGUUUUAGAGAAGGGUUGCUUCUUGCGCCGUGCGAUCCCUCUUGCGUUCAGCCAAGACUCCUUGGCUUCCGCUUUCACUUCAAGCAGGUCAUCUUGACUCAUUUUCGAGACUCUUGUCGUUGUCACCGUCAACUCUCUGGCGCCCUUUCUUCCCGCCUUCGCUUCGAAGAUGGCAAGGAUAUUGAACACCUGCUUGUCCGUAUAGCCGAGUACGCCGUCCGUGAUUUGCCGCCCUGAGGCGUCCAUAAUAGAAUAUCCAGGGAUGAACUCUAGAGUCUUUCCUUGGGGUACCUUUACUCCUAACGCAAAUCCAACAUGUCGCUCUCUCAGCAUAGGAAUGAGAUGCGACUCGGCAAGUUCUUCCAGCAAUUGUCCUUUGAUAUGGUUCAUAUUGGGCCCUUUUCUGAGGACCCUAUCCAGGGCGAUUUCGUCCAACUUGUCCAGGAUAGGGUAUUUCUUGGAGAGUGUUUCCCAAAGGACUUUGGUCUCCGGAGCGACAAACCUGGGAAGGGUGCCGGGCGAGUGUACAACGGCUUUCACACCCGCCGCAGCUUCCUGGGCAAUUUUUCCUUCAACCCGACCGAGCUUCGCUAGAGCUUCUUCGCCAGCCUCGAUUGAUCUGAUUGCCGCUGGUUGUUCGCUAGCUCGUGCAGACGCAUUCAAGACUUUGCCCCACGAGGCGGCAUUUUUUCCGUAGAGCUUGACGAGUCGUGCCUCUGUGUAUAGCGCUCUACCCCCUUUAACCAUUCUACCAGCGACAGGUAAAAGGAUAGAUGCGGCAAGGAUGGCUUGCUCGACAUGGCUCAGCUCGUAGCCGAAUAGAUCGCGGCCUGCCCACAAUUCAUACAAUGCUAUUGCGUUUCCCAAAAAAGGCACCAAAGACAAUGUGAGCUCAAUGGCUGCGACAGCCGCCGGGCGGUCGAUGGUCCCCUGGCUUAUGCUUUUGAUUUUCGGCAAACGAGGAAUUAGAUUGAGAAGGACAAUCAUAUCCGGCCGUUCGCUUAGAAAGUCGUGCAUGGCAGCUGCAGACGACUGAUCCAACAGGCUUUGUGUGACGACUUGUCGCUGGAACCAAGUCUGAAAUUCGUCUCUGAUUGCCGCCGUCAGCCUGGGGACUAGCGGAUUUGCUUCCCAGAUGUGCGUUACGCCUGUGUAUUCGUUCUUAUACCAUACGAAGAAUUCAUUUUUGGAACGAGCCCAAGCAUUUGCAAACACGUAGUGGUCUGCAUCCUUCCUUUUAUGGCUGCUCAAUCGAUCAUAGCUCGUCGUUUCGUAUGCCACCUUCUCUGCGGCUUUAGUCGUCGCGUGCUCGAACCACUUUGACAUCUUGUUGAUCUUGUGCUCCCAUGAAAUGGCCAUUCCGCCAUAUGUCUCGACAAUCUUCGCCCGUGCUGUUGUCCACUGCUCGUUCAUGAUGUCCACUCGUUCUCGGGCGAUACCAAUCUGCGACGUAUUCGUGGAGGCAUUGGUGAACAGUUUUAUCAGCUCAUUUUUGGCUUGCUGCAGUACCUUCUCAAGAUCGGCUUCUGUGAUCUUUUCCAUGAUGCUUUAUCGUUAUGUCACAAAAGAUAUGUGCUGAUUGACAAUGGUAUUCCCAGCAGAGGUUUUUUUUUUAAUAUCAAUUUUCCGGGGAUCAGUCAUGAAUAAGCUGACUUUUUUUCUUCUUUUCCUUUUUUUUCCUCUCUUCUUUACUUUUUCGUUUUCCCACUUGUGGUGGGCAGUGCACAGUUCUAAGUUUGUGGCGGCAUCAUGGGAUAUUGCGAACGGUCGAGUCUGGGUGAGUCCAAUGCGGCUUAAAAUUUGAGUUUUGAUAGCUCCCAUUCCUAUCACAUUAUCAAUCUAUGCAACAAUCUUCAGCUGGGUGCGCCGCUUCAUUCAUCACGAAUGUCUCAGCCUCUGUAGUCGAGUGUUUUGGAGGCUUUCCCGCAUGUACCAAGGAUUCAUCACCUCCAUCGGGCUCGUUUUUUAUGUUGGCGGCGCCGCCUCCACGGGAAAAAAUGUGCUGUUGCCUACCCAGCCUUGUGAAAUGGGCCACGAGGCUCGUGUGAUACCUUCAGCUCUAGAAAUUGGGGGAGGCCGUUCUGUCCAAAGCAAUAUAUAAAGUGGGUGGAUUGCCAUUUCACCAGGCACUGUCGGUGGGUUAGGACUCAUUUUCCUCCGCCAAUUUCCAUCGUUUCAAAGAACCACUCUAGCCUUCAGGAGAAAGCCUAUGCAAAGAAUGACUGAACCGCUGUUCAAUUUCCUCUUGAUUCGGCCUCAUGUAUCUCAGGAUGCUCGCAAACCUAGCAUCCCUUUAUUUCAAGAUUCGCCCUUUCAAAGGGAGCUUUUGGCUGCUCUUAAAUCACAAAACCUUAGAACCGAAGCAUUGAAAGUUGUCAAAAAAUUUAUCUCCAGCAAAGAAUUCAUUAGCGACCCUAGCGGAUCAGAUUUUCAAAAGAAGCUACGUGAAUUUAAAGUGCUGAUUGAUGAGGCUAGCAGCGUCAAUGAUGAUCUACAGUAUACUGUAGUUCUUGAAUUGACGAAACGCGCGUUUGGAAUAGCAGCAUCAGACCUAGUUAAGAGUGAGGAAUUCGUUACUCUGCUCCGCAAUCUUCGCGAUUCUGUGGUAGCAAUCAAAUAUGACCAGGCGGAGCACUCAAAACCAGUUGAAGCUCUUGUCACCCAGAUCCGCGACCUCGAGCUCAUUGAAAAAGCAGUCCAGCUGGAAAAAGAUACGCAACCAGCUGUUUCAAAUGAUAACGCAAGGGCGUUUAAAGAACUUGUCACUGGACACACUGAAGUGACUGCUCCUGUAACCGCUCCUGAAUGGAGCGAAAACACGGCCUAUAAGGUCGGCGAUCAAGUUUCGUAUAGUGUGCAUGUGUAUGUUUGCAUCCAAGCGCAUACCACCGUCCCCGGAUGGGAACCUCCGAAGACGCCCGCUCUGUGGGUACGCGUGAGCAGACCCAAUCCAGAUGGAGAUCCCACGCCGCCAACAGAAGACAGCCUCAAUCUCUUUGGGUACCGAAAACGAUCACUGUUGCUUCCGACUGAAGCUCAAUUAAAAUCGGUACUCUCAGAGCCCGACGACAGUAACGAGGAUCCCACUGAUGACACCGAAAAAGAGGCAGAUCGCCUUCUCAGCCUCCACAAUCAACUUUAUCGGGCUGUGAAGGAGUUGACGGCAAUGGAUCCGCGGAAUUUCCAGAUCACUAAGCAGGAGCCACAUGAUGGGUUUAUCCCUGAUACUAAGUACUCGGCGGUCUCCUUGUUGAAGAGUAGACUCGACCUGCAAGCAACCCUAAGGGGCCUUAACGUUGACCAGUUCCGAGCCGCUGCUGCACGAUCUGGCACCACUCCCGUAGAUCCGCCCGACGCACCGAAAAUUGCAGCAACAGUCACCGAUCCGGUUUUGGCAGCGGAUCCAUUGCAGUUACAAGACGGAGCUGGUUCGACAUCCGCCUUGGGUCUUACUCGCGAGCUGCUUACCGCCGGUGCCGGCUUGCAAGGGAUAGGAAAAUUUCUGCCUCUCUCUGCGAGGCAAAAUGCCUUGAAACUUCAAAAAGAAGUGUCUUUAUCUGAGAAUACAGCAGCCCUCUUGAAAAAGGAAGGGAUUGAGCCGGAUACGGUACCAUUACCUGACAUUGUCCGACUCUUCCGUCAGAAGAUGCGCGAGGCUGAACGAAAUCUGAAGAUGCUAGCACCCUCCUUCGAGGAUAUACGGAUUAUUCGAGUUGGGAAUACGUUGGUGAGCGCGAGGACACCACGGCCUAGCAGGUACAGCCAGUUCUUCACUGGAAUCAACUUUGGGUUACAUGUGCCUAAGCUUCCACUGCUGCCACCUCCAGAUCCAAGGGUUCCGCACACCAUUGGCAAGGUAAACAAGGUCGGCGUUGGGGAUCUCCUUGUAGUGAAGCAGCGGUUAAUUGGCUAUGAAGGCGCUGAUAUUGCCCAUAUUGAGAAUGUGUUGAAAGGCGAAUCAAAGAGCCGUGAACAUGUCCGGACAGACAGAACAGAGACCGUGACUAGUCUCGAGACCGAGACUAUCCGUGAAGACACCCGAGAGCUGGCUUCAACGAGCCGGUUCGAGAUGGGUCAGGAGACUCAAAAGCAAAUCAAAGAGGCUUAUGAACUGAAAGGGGGCGUCCAGGUGACAGCGAAGUACGGCCCUGCGGUGGAAGUCUCCGCAAAAGUUGAAGGUGGCCACAAUCGAUCCAAGGAGGAAUCUACCAAAACAGCAACGAAGUUUUCACAGGACGUUACAGAGAAAGCUAUCAAGAAGAUUACAGAACGAGUCCUCCAGAAGACGACUACAACAACAACAUCUGAAGUCGUGGAGAAGAAUUUGCAUGGUAUCAAUAAUUCUACCGGCAACGCGAAUAUAUCUGGUGUUUACCAGUGGGUGAAUAAGGUAUAUGAAGCCCAAGUUUUCAAUUAUGGGUUGCGCACUCUAUUUGAUUUCAUGGUUCCGGAGCCUGCUGCAUGGGUAAUCAACACUAUGACCAAAGCUGCGGAAACCCGAACAAUGCUGGAGCAACCGCAAAAGUUUGCCCUGGAGCCGUCCCAAAUUUCAGAAGAAGGCGAGGAAAAUUACGGCCAUUGGGUGAAAACGUACGAAGCAACCGAUGUGGAGCCCCCACCUGCAGACUACAUUACAGCGACCGACCAAGUCAACAAAGGUGAUGGUAAGCCUGGGCAAGACUACCAGCACAGUGGCCAGAUUACAAUCGAUUCAGGUUACGAAGCCGUGCAAGUAUCCAUCGGCUGUACGAUAAACUACUGGGAAGCGAAUUGGGUGGUCGACGUCAUCGUUGGAAAUGCGGCACACCGAUUUAAGGAGGGCUCCGGUUUUAUUUGCACUCUUGCGCUUAUUAAAGAAAGAGGGACCAUUCCAUGGGGAAUAAAGACAUGGAACACUUCUAGCACAGUUGUGACGGUAGAUGUCAAGUGUGCAGUCACAGAGGAUGCGACCAAUAAGUGGAAAGCAGACACGCACAAAAAACUGGUGACUGCAUAUAGAGCAAGGCUUCAAGAGUACGAGGAGAAGUUGGCGACCCUGCAGCUGCAGGAAGGAAUUAUCAUUGAGGGAAGAAACCCAGCCGCAAACCAAGCCACAAUCAAACAGGAGUUGAAGAAGAAUUGCAUCUCCAUUAUCAGCGGACAACAUUUCGACCGCUUCAACUCCAUUGUGACCGGCCCGUGGGGGUAUCCUCAAAUCAACCUCUACGAGGCUGAAGCUGAAGGGGAAUACGUCCGUUUCUUUGAGCAAGCGUUUGAAUGGGAGCAGAUAAUGUACGUUAUGUACCCAUACUUCUGGGGCCGUAAAUCGUAUUGGGCCGAGCGGCUGGCGUUUGAGGAUCCAGACCCUCAAUUCGAUGAGUUCCUGAAGGCAGGGUUUGCUCGAGUUCAAGUCCCAACGAGACCUGGAUUCGAGGCCGCUAUCGAUCAUUUUAUGCAGUUCGGCGAGCUCUGGAACGGCGGCCCACUCCCGGCCAUCUCCAGCAAACUUUUUCUUCCGAUUGCUGAUGAGAUCGCCGAAAGAGCUCAGAAGCCAGGCCAAGAGAUCCCGCAAGGCGAGCCUUGGAAGCUGCGCAUUCCAACGCAACUUGUUAAGCUAAGGCAGGACGAUAAAUUGCCUAAAUGGACAAAGAAGGAUGGCGAAUGGGUUCCAGAAGAGUGAUAUUUCAUAAUGGCAACGAAAACUGAAGGUGACGUCUGAAUAUGUAGUCGGCUUUUCGGUACCUUUUUCGGGUGAAAUUUUUAAUAUCCUACUAUAUUUCGGGUUAUCUUGACAGGAGAGCACUCCUGACCACGUUCAGAAUAACGUAGUCAUAUUUUCAAUAUGAAUAUUCUAAAAACAUAAUAUCCGCACCAGUAUGUAGGUGCAUGCCCAUUGAAUGUCAAGAUUUCAUAAACUUUACUUUCAUACAGGAGCCGUGAUACUAUACUCAAGUGAUAUCAAAUAUGUCGACUGGAUGAACCAUCAGUGCACGAUCCUCAUGCCCUGUGCUUUAACUUAGAUGUUGCCGCGCGCAUAUUUGACGCGCUUUUGCACCAAAAAGGAAAACAGAAAAAAAUUGCAAGAAAAAAGGCUCAUCAACUUCGGCGUGAACUCGCGGAUUAACGAGAACCCAACCAUAAUGAUGUAACUUAUUAACGGUACUUGAGCAUUAAAACAGGAGAGCGGUUAGACGAGAUGGGCUCGAUUCCAUACAUCAGUCAACAUUAGACAAGCUCAUCCGCUCAUCCCUCCGUCACACUAGCUUAGACUGUCCUACCGCCGAAAAGGUGAAAUCUGAGCUUGGUUUCCGGACUCAUGAAUCGAG